AUGUCGCUCAAGCGGAAAGCCUCUUUCUCGGCAAUGCUGUCUAGCCCAUUCGUCCCCGCGUCCAGUGACUGGGAGAUGACCGACAGCUCCAAACACCUCCACAGUCGGACCAGAAAGCGCUUUCGUGAUGGCCGUCCCAAUGAGGAGGCAGUAUAUGCGAAAACCCUCCGCUGGAUAUUUUCGGCCCAGAAACAGCAAGAUGAAACUUUAGUUGAUGCAUGCGACGAAAUCAUGGACUCCGAGCCUACCGAAACGAUUGAUCCGCGACAGCAAUCGCUACUUCGAUUCUUCCAGCCGCGCACUCAAUCGGGUCCCUCCUUCAAACCAUCCCGCGAAGCAUUAGCUCCCCGAGCCAACGAGACUGCCAUGGGCAACGAUGAUGCUUUGCGACGCGAGGCCUUCGAACGGAUAAACUCGGUGGGCAGCGCCAGUGGGAGCGAGUCCACGAGUCCUGGGUUCAACCAGAUGGAUGUCGACAUGGAUAUGGAUACCGAUGAAAGCUGCGAGAUCUCAACCCCUGGUACCAAUAUGGGUGUGACGGGUUGGAUGUAA